AUGGUAUGUUGUAUCAUUCCUUCCCAGUUUAAAGCGAAAAGACUCAAUAAGUUGACGAAUAUUAAUUUGCAUGUAUGCAGAAGGGGAGAUAAUCAGUCAUCAUGUCACUCAGACCGUUGGAGAAUAAUGUUCUUUGCCGGGCUAACAGCGGUGGGACUCCUGCAUCUGUUUGUCUACACCACAAUGAAACACGAAGAGCGUCCAGAGUUUGUUGCCUACCCACACUUGAGGCUGAGAGGAAGACCAUUUCCUUGGGGAGAUGGAAAUCACACAUUGUUCCACAACUGUGAGAAAAACGCUCUGCCAGAUGGCUACGAGGAUUGCGAGUGCGGCACCAAACAUUAA